AUGGCUGAUAAUGAAGACUUGAAACUGCUGAAGCUACCUACGAGCUUUUUCCCGGCUCCUCCUCAUCCCGAGGUCAAAAGAACGGAUAGCCGAUUAAUCGUUAUUGCUUACGAACACUCAAAAGACAGCGAUGCUCUUAUUUCCAAGUGCAUUCGACUUGGUUUUAUCCGCCCGUCAGACGAUAUCCGUAUCCUUCAUAUCCUCAAUCAAAGCAAUAUGAGAACUAUCUUUUCCGAUGCCUUCACGCCCAGUACCGGCUACGACGCCGCCUCGGCCAUCUAUGACAAAGCAGAAUCAGAAAGCAACCUGAUGCACAGAGUCGCCGAGACCUUGAUAUGGGAAAUCAUUCGCGUUUUGCGAAAGCAUGGAUUUGAAAAGGUAACAUCUGAAGUAAUGCGAGGCGACCCCAAGCUAUCCAUGGUGGAUUAUUGCAACGCUGUUCAACCAAGUUAUAUGCUGACCGGUACUCGCGGUUACGGAUUUAUCAAGAGAACAUUGCUGGGAUCUGUAUCGGACUACUUGGUGAAGCACUGCCCUUGUCCUGUUCUUAUUGUCAAAUUAACAGAGGACGAUCUUCAAGCUCGCGAGGCUCUCGAGAAGACAAAAGAUUCGAAUUUCUCUCAGCUGAUGGCCACAUUGGCGGAAAGCGCAUAG